AGCGCCUAGCGGUUUAACAAUAUGUAAAAAGGUGAUUGACAACAUCUAGCAACAAAUUAACAGAAUUUUUUGGACAAGACGAUACAGUAAACUCUUAAAAUCUAUGAUUUGUUUUUAUCCUAAUAUCAUCCCACUUAAAGUUAUUUCCUUCACCGUAAAUUUGUAUUUUGUAGCAAAAACAAACCCCAUCUGCAUGUGACAACGUUCUGGAAUUCCGUCAUUGCCAGCAUCACUCCUCUAAUAUCCUAACUAAUUGCACAGAGAUAAUCGGGUCAUUCAUUAAUUAUUAGCCAACAAUUUGAUCCAUUUUUUCUAAUAAACUACUCCAUACUCUCUAAUCUAGCAGUUAUUAUUAUGUACAAAUGAAAUUAUCAUUCAAUAAUUUGUCGGGAGAUCUCUUUUUUGAGUGGGUUGUUUCCUGUUGAUCCCAAUAAGGAGAGAGAUUAUAGAAAAAUUUCUUUAGAGUCCACUGAAUCUAAGCUUAAUCACAUUUUCUGGGUAUCUUUUUUUUUUAAUCCCACUUUCCUAGAAGUGUUCUUCUUUUCACAUUUAGAAGAAACUGUCACACUGGUGUGUGUUAAUCACCUUUUCUGGGUACCCAAUACGUGGGAUCGAAUCCUGUCUACAUCAUUGUUACUGGUCGCUCUAAACACCAAACAAAAACUAUACUUUGUGGGUGUUUUUUGUUUGGCAUUUUUAUAGUUUGAAAGUGGUGGCAUUUCAACUGCAAUUGUGGGGGUAAGCAGGUGUUGUUGCAUUGAAUGAAGAGGUAAAAUUAGGAACUGGGAUUUCUGGGUAAUUUUCCACAUUCUUUUUGUGGGUAGUCAAGGGUUUUUCUGAGUGAAAAAAAAAAAUCCCCUUAUUUUUUCACAAACCAGUUUUUUAAUUAAUAGGGCUGUCAAUUUCAUCAAUGAAUAGUUGUAUGAAAUAAUUUUGCCAUGUAGGGGAAAAAAAGUGACAUAUGUUUUAAAGAAAAGGGGCCUGGUGUUUGUUGUCAUGGGUCUUGCAGAAUAGGCUGUUUUACCCGCCAUAUGGGUACUGUUAUGCUGAUAGUGGUUUGAAACUGACUUGAGUAUUUGAUAUAACAGCCAUUUUUGUAGGAAUAUAGUUUUAAGUUUAGGGUUUAAAGGUUGUAAAUAUGGAGGAUAAGACAGAGGAAAUGCGUUCUUUGGCUUUAACUCCAACAUGGUCUGUUGCUUCUGUGUUAACAUUCUUUGUUGCAGUUUCUUUGCUGGUUGAGAGAUCCAUUCACUGGCUGAGUAAUUGGCUGGAUAAAACACGUCGAAAGCCUCUCCUUCAAACUGUGGAGAAAAUGAAAGAAGAGUUGAUGCUCCUCGGUUUUAUAUCUCUUCUUCUAACGGCAACCUCAAGUACAAUAUCCAAUAUUUGCAUUUCUUCGAAGUUCUUUGGUGGGGUAUUUUCUCCAUGCUCUGAAGCUGAAGUCCAUGAAGCAACCGAGAAUGAAUCAUCUGAAGGACGUAAACUUUGGACAUCUACUCCUCACACCUUCAGGAAAUUGAUGAGCUCCCUUCAUCAAAAUAAAUGUCCAGAGGGAAAAGAACCAUUUGUAUCAUAUGAAGGCCUUGAGCAGCUGCAUCGAUUUAUCUUCAUCAUGGCAGUGACACAUGUAACUUAUAGCUGUUUAACGAUGCUGCUUGCAAUUGUGAAGGUACAUAGUUGGAGAAAAUGGGAGGACCAGGCUCAUAUGGAUCGACAUGAUGCACUUACAGAGAUCACGCGGGAGUUGGUAAUGCGAAGACAAUCAAGCUUUGUCAAAUUUCAAGCCUCAAAUUCUCUGACAACAAGCAAAUUCUGGAUUUGGGUGCCAUGUUUCUUCAGGCAAUUUGGACAUUCAGUUGUUCGUGCUGAUUAUCUUACACUUCGUAAGGGCUUCAUCAUGAAUCAUAACCUUACUAGGAAAUAUGAUUUUCACAGCUAUAUGAUUCGUUCCAUGGAAGAAGAGUUUCAAAGAAUUGUUGGUGUGAGCGGUCCACUUUGGGGAUUUGUAGUUGCUUUUAUGCUGUUUAAUAUAAAAGGAUCAAAUCUAUAUUUCUGGAUAGCGAUCUUACCUAUAGCACUUGUUCUUUUGGUGGGUACUAAGCUACAACAUGUUAUUGCAACCUUGACGCUAGAGAGUGCUGGACUAUCUGGGUUCUUUACAGGAACAAAAUUAAAGCCUCGUGAUGAUCUCUUCUGGUUUAAGAAGCCACAACUAUUGCUGUCCUUGAUUCAUUUUGUUCUUUUCCAGAAUUCCUUUGAGCUCGCAUCAUUUUUCUGGUUCUGGUGGCAAUUUGGCUAUGAUUCUUGCUUUAUCAAAAACCAUCUUCUCGUUUACUUGCGGCUUAUACUGGGGUUCUCUGGGCAGUUCCUCUGCAGCUAUAGCACCCUGCCACUUUAUGCACUAGUUACUCAGAUGGGAACAAAUUACAAGGCAGCCUUAAUACCUCAUAGAAUAAGGGAGACUAUUCACGGAUGGAAGAAGUCUGCAGCCAAGAGAAAGAAGAGGCUUGGUGUAUUCGGUGAUGACUCAACCAUACAUACGGAUGCAAGCACGGUAAUGUCAUUAGAUGAUGAUGAUAAUCAUCUGCUUGACAUCCCUGAAUCCGGUCCUGUUGGACAGUCUGAAAUUGAGCUACAAUCACUUUCUGCAGCAGAUGCAAGUCCACCUGUUACGAACGAAACUUCUAGCCGUGUUGGCACCCCUCUCCUUAGACCGUCUGCCUCUACUUCCUCAAGAUCACCAAGUUCCCUGUUCAUUGAAGCUCCACGAUCUUUUUCAAUGCCAAGUAGAAGAGACUGAUCGAUUCGAUCUAUGACAUAAUUAUAGUAUUUUGAUAGAACUGCAGUUAGUAGAGAUUCUUCCUGAUUAUAGGUUGUGCCAUGAUUUAGAAAACAAAUAAGUCAAUAGGUUAUAGGCCUCGAAGUAACUGUAACAUCAUGAUGACAUUUAGAAAUGCUAACAGAAACAGAUAGACAGGAUUAUACAAAGCCACAAAUUCUUUUUCCUUUUCUCCAAGAUAUCUUAUUGGAGGCAUUGCUCUGUCAGAUUAGAGAAUUUGUUCACAGUUGUGAAAUUAACUGCCAAUUAUCUGUAUAUUACAGGAUUCUGUAUUUUAUUACCAA